UUUAUCUGGGGCAGGGUUCAGGUGUUCGUUCAAUUGGCUCGUCGAAAUUGCGGCCCCCAUAGUCCCCACUAAGAUGAAUCACACUCAAGACUCACAGGGUCUUCUGAUGUUUGUCUGUUCUUGGGGGACUUGCCCCUAAAUUCUUCUCAUCUUUCCUGGUUUACCAUCCUUUACAUUGUCCUCAAUACCCUGGGAAUACCAAACGUCAACCGAUCUUCAUCAUGAUUGCUGUAUCCUCGAAAUCGCUGUGCGCUUUAGCACUCUUGCUUGUCUCGGGUCAAGCUCUGCAAUGGGGCUCGUAUGCCUGCAUGAAAAGCUCAGGUGACAUGACGAAACUAGGCUCAUCCCCAUAUCAAACCCGGGGCAUGUGUCAGAGCCUGUGUGAGAAGGAAAACGGUUACUUCAUGGCUUUACAAGACGAAAGUUGUUGGUGUGGCAGCCAGCCCCCCAGCUUUGGCAGUAUGGGCGGCACGUGCAAUACACCAUGUCCGGGCUAUCCCACUGACACUUGUGGAGGCGACGGAACUUACUCGGUCUGGGAGUUGGAGGAGGAUUACUCGAAUCCCAGUUUAGAGUCGAGCGCCACUACAGCGGUCACAGCCUCGACGGGAAUGACUUCGAUUUCUGCCUCUACCACUGGCUCUCCGGUGGCAGUCUCGACGUCAGCAGGGAUAGUCUCUUCCUCGGUUGCCUCUUCCUCUGCUGCCACUCCGUCGGCUACCGGCACCACGCCUGUGGCUCAGGCCGUUCAUACCAAUGCAGCUAGCCGCCGGCCUCGAAUUUUGUUCUUUUAGUUUGACCUACGUGGGUGAAACUGAACUUGUGGAGAUCUUCUUGUCAUAGUCCAGUAUGGAAACCCACCCACAGCCUCCUGCGAGCCCUGGCCAUGCAUAUGUACACAUGCACGGAGGCCACCGUACUGGCCUAUUCUUCCAAUCGAUAGCAUGGUCGCACUCGGUACGCAUGCGAGUCUGUUCUGAUGGAACAUUUCUAGGACGAUUCCUGUAAAACUGGGCUACCAUAUGUACUUCAAGUCUAGGAAAUGAAGGGAAUUGAGAAAGACGCAUGGCAGAUGGGAACAUAUUUCGAACAUGCUUCGCUCCCGACCAAAGGUCCGG